AUGCCUCCAAAGGCAAUAAUCAUGCAUCGCUCCCUGUCGCUCAAUAAAGCAGACGGCAUCCCGACACCAUCAGGCACAGACGAAGAUGCGAGCGUAGAUGCUCCCGUCGCCUCCACCUCUACUACUACCCCUCCCGCCUCUCCUACCGUCAUCACUACCACGACUACGACUACCACCACUUCUGCCGAAGACCCCAAGUCGUCGAAAACGCACAAACUGAAACCCUCGCUUUCGAUGCCGAAUUGCGCCGUCACUACCUCCACCACCACUACCCUUAAGCGCGUGCGCACGCAACAGACGAUCCAGUUCGCUCCUCUCCCCGAGAUCAGCCCACGGCGGCGAAAAUCAUCUGUACCACUAGGCGUGGCCGCCCGCUCACGUAUGAUCCAAAACCGACGGAACGCCGCGAUGAAUGCGCCGCGUCCUCAACCCGUAUGGACCGAGCUAGACGAGGAAGCGGUGAACGGCAAGGCGACGGAGAUGGAAGAGGAAGAUCCGUUCGAGGUGUUUGGUCGGUACGUGAUGGACAAGAGCAAGACGUUCUGGAAACGAGUGGCCUCGAAGGGGGAUUCGAAGGACAAGAAGCCGGAUGAGAAAGAGCGGGAUGGGAAGACGAGGAGGAGACCGCGAGAGCAGCACUUCUACAUCGACGCGACAGACCAAGAGCCGUUGCCGGGGAUGGAAGAGGGCGAGGGGAGGGUAUGGGAGGAGGAUGUGACUGAGUCGGAGUUACUGGCCAGGAUUGGGGGCGGGGAUAAGUCAAAUCCAGGCUCGACGAGAAGUUCAGACUCGAAGGACUCGGAUAUAGAGUCGGCGGCGGGGACGGCGGGGGCAGGAACGGCGGGUACGCUUAGUAGGAGGGCGAGUGUGAUCGUGGGUGGAGCGAAAUCCCUAGAGAUUCCGGUUCGAUAA